CAGAUCACUCUGAGAUGGAGGGUUAUAGGAUCGACUCAGCAAUUUACGGUUGGGCUUGGCUAGGUGUUAUAUAGCCUCCUGCCGAAAAGGCUUAUUCGGUGAUCCGUUCCUGUCAAGGCUCUAGAGCCACCAUACCAGACUCGCCACCAAAGCUUGACUAGAAGUAAAGGAGUGGCACAACUCGAGAUCGUGCACCUGCUCUUACCGUAGUAUUCAGGGGCGGAGCUGCUGUGGCAGAUGGGUACGUACUUCUACAUGACACAAGCCACAAGCCACAUCCAGGCCCGUUUGUCCAAAACGCAAUGAGGCAAGGGUCAUUGGCCAAUGCUCCACUAUGGGGAAGGCCCAAUCAUUUUCUGCCGUCUAUGACCGCUUCAAUUUAUCCUGGCUGGCCUGGUCUCCAAAAUCACGUCACAAGGGCUCAAACGGCGAUGUUCGACGCCUCUUUUCCGAUAUAUAUAUCGUCUUAACAGGACAAUGGCUGGCCGAAAAGGUGUCAACUGGUGGCUUUAUUCCAAGAUGCUCCUCGGGGGGGGUGUAAUAUGUGUGGGAGGUCCGGCUUUCACAUGGUAUCUUACCCCAACAGACGAGGAGCUCUUCCAGAGAUACAGCCCUGAGCUCAAGCAGAAGAGUCUUGAGAGGAGAUAUGAGCGGGAGAAGGAGUUCGAUGACUUCGUCAAUAAACUCAAGGAGUACUCCAAAUCAGACAAAUCUAUCUGGGUCGUUCAAGCAGAGGAGGAACAGAAGGCCAGGGAGGCAAGAUUCAAAGAGAGCCUCAAGGCUGCUGAAGAGGUCAAAGCGAGAAAGGAGGAGAUGCGACGGCAGGCAGGACUCUCGCCGGAACCGAAAAGGUGAUGCCAUGAUUGGUAUCGCUGCGACUACUCGCCACUUCACUGUAUAAUACUAUCUUGCUCUUCCAGGGCACAGAGCAUUCCCAAAUAACUUACUGUACAGGAAGGAGUACAGGUACUGGCAUUGGUUUCGGAUUUGGAAGCCGGAACUUGGAGGGGGAGCCUAUUAGGCAGCCCCAAAGGGGCAGACAGGCAGAUAAUCACCCAUGUACAGUACAAUUACAUGUCUACCUGUGUAAUGACGAUGCAACAUGAUCUCAAUCUUAUUCUAUCUUUGACCUCG